UGCUGAGGCCACCUAGGAGGAGGCAGGAGAAGGAACCUUGUGGGCUCACCGAGCCCCUGGGUGGGCAGCAGAGCAGCACAGAUCUGCAACCAGCUCUGGAAAAGCCUCGGCUCCAGCACCCGCAGCUCCUCCACGCCAGAACCUCCUCGUGGCUGAGCUCAGUCUGCCUGGGCGGCUGAAAGGGAGGCAAAAGAGCACCCCGAGCUGUGAGCGCCUUUGUUUUGGGAAAGGUGGAGCAGGUUCGAGAGAAAACGGCUCCGGAGUGCUGACUUUUUGAUAACUCCUCUCCCCGCUGCGAUAAGAACUGGCCCCUUAGCCGAUGGCGAUGCUUUGAUGUGGCCACUGAAGGCGCGAGUCGCUCUGUUCUCACCUGGGCGCCCCGCUAAGGGCACAAAAUUCCCCAGCUCCUCGUGGCCCCGAAUACAAAGAAACCCUUCAAGCCGGGGUUACGGGUUCUGGUAAUGGAAAACGGAGGUCAGCAGAUAAGGGGGGGUCACUGCUUGCCGCUAUAAAGCCGGGGAGCCCCGGGCGGCUCACCCAGCUGCUGCAGCCUGCGGAGGGGAUGCGCGGAGCCCUGGGUGCCCGCACCAUGAAGUGGCUCGUCCUGGCCGUGCUGUGCCUCCAGCUCUCGGAGGGGCUGGUGAGGAUCAAGCUGAAGAAAUACAAGUCCGCAAGGGAGGCGAUGAGGCAGGCGGGCGUGCUGCAGGACUACCUGAAGAAAGUGAAGCAUGACCCAGCCAGGAAAUACCACUUCAAUCGGGACUACGCCGUGUACGAGCCGAUGGCCAGCCAUCUGGAUUCCUCCUACUUCGGGGAGAUCAGCAUUGGGACCCCCCCGCAGAACUUCCUGGUGCUCUUCGACACCGGCUCCGCCAACCUCUGGGUGCCCUCCACCCUGUGCCAGACGCCGGCUUGCAGAAAUCACGCCACGUUCAACCCCGGCGCCUCCUCCACCUUCAUCAACAAUGGCCAGACCUACAGCCUGUCCUACGGCAGCGGCUCGCUGACGGUGCUGCUGGGCUACGACACGCUGCAGCUCCCCGUCACCCUCUCUCCCCAGUAUGCCGUUGACUGCAGCCAGAUCCAGAACUUGCCCACCAUCACCUUCGUCAUCAACGGCACGCCGUUGCCGCUGCACCCCUCAGCCUACGUCCUCAAGAGCAAUGGUUACUGCACCCUUGGGAUCGAGGCCACCUACCUGCUCUCCCAGAACGGGCAGCCGCUCUGGAUUUUGGGUGACAUCUUCCUCAAGGAGUAUUACACCGUCUUCGACAUGGCGAACAACCGCGUCGGCUUCGCCCCAUCGGCAUAGAGGAGGGGGGCAGCGAAAUGCAGCGAGCCUUGCUGGAGCGCUGGGGGGUCCCUACGGGCCUUUUUGAGCCCUUUCGUGCCCUCCGUCUCUCCAAGGCUUCUGUGUGAGAUUGUUCUCUGAGUCCCGUUGCCA